AUGGCCGGUCUGAACGUGUCCCUCUCCUUCUUCUUCGCUACCUUCGCCCUCUGCCAGGCAGCCAGGAGGCUGUCCAAGGCCCUGCUCUCGGAGGGCACGUACGCCAGCUUCGCCCGGGAGGUGGUGGGCGCCGCCCAGCUGGGGGCCUGCUGCCUGGAGAUGCGGGUGUUGGUGGAGCUGGGCCCCUGGGCGGGGGGCUUCGGCCCCGACCUGCUGCUGACGCUGCUCUUCCUGCUCCUGCUGGUGCACGGGGCAACCUGCGAUGGGGCAGCGGCCAACCCCACCGUGUCCCUGCAGGAACUGCUCCUGGCUGAGGCCUCUGUGCCCUGCACGCUGCUGGCGCUGGCGGCCCAGGGGCUGGGCAUGCAGGCGGCCCGCGUGCUGACCCGGCGCUACUGGGCCUGGGAGCUCAGCGACCUGCAUGUCCUCCAGAGCCUCAUGGAUGCACACUGCAGCUCAACACUGCGCACGUCCGUGCCCCAUGGCACGCUGGUGGAAGGCGCCUGUGCCUUCUUCUUCCAUCUGAGCCUCCUCCGCUUCCGGAACACUCUGCCUAUCUAUAGGGUGCCCCUCACGGCCCUGCUGGUCACCUUCAUGGCCUACACAGCAGGGCCUUUCACUUCCGCCUUCUUCAACCCUGCCCUGGCUGCCUCAGUCACCUUCCAGUGCUCGGGGUCCACCCUGCUGGAGUAUGCCCAGGUGUACUGGCUGGGUCCUCUGACAGGGAUGGUGCUGGCGGUCCUACUGCACCAUGGCCGCCUUCCUCGCCUUUUCCAGAGGAACCUGUUGUAUAGUCAGAAGAACAAGUACCGGACUCCUAGAGGGAAGCUGGCCCCGGGGCCGAGAGACACCCCAAUGCCUGGAGGGGGAUGCAGAAGCCGGGAGACCACACGUGAGGCAGGGCGGCAGCUACCAGGCUCCGGCUGA